UCGCCUGGGGCGCCCAUUGUUCAUCUAUUACAUUAUUGAUCCGGCUAUAUAUUCCGCCUCCAACAGGAGUGAGUCCACAGACUCGUAGAAGCACCAGUGCAGAUUGCUUGAGAAGAAGGCACGCGUUUACUUAGCUGGUUAUAUCACUGCAAAGACAAUGGCGAUGAAGGCUUUUCAUGUCUUAACGUUUGCUACGGCGCUUAUUGUCGUUCUUUCAGUGAUGUCUUCCGUUUGGGCCGAGGAGGAGGAAGAGGAGAACUUCUUACCCGUAGAUGAAAGAAGCGCAGAGGAAGAAGAGGCAACCCUGGAGGAGCUCCUAGCAGAUAUCUUGGCGAGACUACGCGGGAAUGAAGAAGAGAAACGUGGGCUGGGCAAGUUUGGAAGAAGGCCUCUUCGCCAGUGCAGAGGCAACAGCAUGUGCAAGAUUUUCUACGGCUCCAGACCCAAGACCAUCUGCUCCUGCCCCAGGGACACUGAGUGCAUGGCGCCCCCUAACAGCCGGUUCAAGUACCGCUGCAUGUAAAGGGAUAAGAAUUAUCAAGUGGUCAGGAGAAGGCGAGGAUCGGAUCUCAUGACCUUUGCGACGGACGAAGACAUACACGUCAAAAUAGCAAUAUAUAUGUGGUGUACCGUUAACGCGUUAUUGUUAGCAUAGGUGUUUGUAGGUAGACUCAAGAACAUACAAAUACUCUAUCCACACUACGGAAGAUCUUUCCAUUUGAAAGGUCCAUUGCAUAUACUAGUUACCGUCUUGGGUGCCCUUUAUUGUGUAUUUGAUUAUAAAAUAAUGUGACAUUACUGUGUAAUGUAUUACAUGUGAAGGGAUCACCAACGUUAGAAAGAAUGUAUUGAAAAUGUAGUGAAUGUUCUAAUUCCAAACGACCACUUUUCUUGGUAUUCAAAAACGAGAGUUUUGUGAAGGUGUGAACUAUUUACAACAAGGGUCUAACGAUAUCGGACAGUAAUGGCAAUAUUGUCAUAAAAUGCUGGAAAUCAAGAUGUUUGGCUGUUAUUCUCUAACAACUUAGGUUGUGUUCUUGUAGAGGUCAUAAAAUGCUGGAAAUCAAGAUGUUUGGCUGUUAUUCUCUAACAACUUAGGUUGUGUUCUUGUAGAGGUCAUAACAUGCUGGAAAUCAAGAUGUUUGGCUGUUAUUCUCUAACAACUUAGGUUGUGUUCUUAUAGAGGUUUGAAGUUUGUCCGGGUAUACACGUCAUGCGCGAUGUGUGCCGUUUACCAGUACACUGUAGUGCGUUUGGAGAAUCUCUGUCAAAGUAUAUGGUCGGAAUGGAAAAAAAAUGUCGUCAGUUUGUUACUAUAACUCCUGUUUUUCUGGAUGGACACGGGAAUAAUAAAACCGCGAAUAAUAAAA